GUAACUCUUGCGAACUGCACCUGAAGUUAUGUCUUUCACUGUAAUUUUAUAUUUUCAUUUAUACCAUACAUUUUAUUUUUGUUGAUGUUGCAGCCAUGCAGAUAUACAUAGAUAUCAAUAUUUGACAGUCAUGUUUCACUUUUCAUUUUUUUUUUUUUAUUGUUCUUCAGAGUGAUGAGGUAAUGUCUUUUGUCAUGUACAUAAUGAAGGAAUGUGGGUGUCGUAAUGUGCCUCCACUGUCCAAAAUAAAGAAGUAUCUUCAGACAAAAAUGGAAAUGGAAGAUAUGAUCCAAAAGCAUGAAGAUAAAGAUGGAAAUAUUUCCUGGAUGAUCAAGCCAACUUCAAUGCUAAGGUUACAACUGGCUAAUCCAGUGAUUUCAAAACAGAUAUUCAGAUAUCCAACUGUAGAAACAACUACUCAGUCAAACUACCAAGUGUCAGGCAGUAAGUGGAGAGAAAUGGAAUUUCACUGGACUAUAAACAGUAAAAAACACCAAUUUGUUAAAGGGCAGUUCAUAUCCUUUGAACUUGAUGGUCAAGCAGUCUACGGCAAAAUUUUGCAGUUUCUGGAAAGUGUACAGGAAGACAAAUUGAUGUAUGCUAAAGUAGAUGUGUUUAUUGGCAAGGAACACAGAUACAUGUCUGAAAUGAACAUGGAAGAAAAAUGUUUAGUGAAGUACGGGCAACUGCAUAUGGUCUCGUUAGAAGAAUGCAAGGUGUUUUCUAUUCCAAGUGACACAUCAUUGAUGGAGCUCAUAAAUGGGGAGUUGAUAAACAUUUCCAGAGAAAGAAGAGAUGCAAUCUUAAAGCAAUCAUCUUUGUACACCGGUUUACCUGUUAUAACAGUGCCUUUAAACCUGUUUAUGGAUGAUAUGUCAGCCAAUCAGUCCAAAAGGUGGUCACCCCUGCAUGCCAUCCAGGGUCAGCUUUCUGGGUUGAGUGUUGAAGAAAAAAACAGAGGAAAGAAUGUGUUUUUGUUAGGUGUGGCUGAUAGAAUGGAUAUUCUUGAGCUUGUGUCUCCUAUUUGCCAGGACAUUGAAAAUUGUAAACAAUCAGGGAUAGAAGCAUUUGAUGCUUCACUUAACCAAAAGGUUAUACUGACAACUCACAUAUCCCUGAUUGUUACUGACUACCAUAUGAUGAGUUUGGCUUGCAACCAUUUAAGCCCAUCUGCAAAUAAAUAUUGCCCAAAAUGUAAUGCAGAUGGCACAGAUCCUUUUAAGAAAUGGGAUUUGAGAACACCGGAAACAACAAAGAGGACACUGGAAAGGCUCAAAUUAGUGCGAGACAAAGUCUCCUUACAAAGACAGACAGGGGUGAAAUUGUACGAAAAUUGUUUAUGGCAAUUUAUGGAUCCACACAGAGAUACACCAGUGGGAACUUUACAUUUCCUGUAUUUAGGACUAGCUAAGCAUUUGAUUAAGUACUGCUUAGAUACCUUAACAGAAAACCAAAAAUCUUUACUGGAAAAACAUUUAGAAAGUAUUGACCAGUCUGACUUCAGCUAUCAAAUCAAUAGCAGUUUCUUCAAAUACUUUGAUAGUAGACAGGGCAAAGACUUUAAACAUUAUCUCCAAAUUGCUGUUAUCAAUAUGGAAUAUGCCGGAUUACGUACAAAGUACAUUUUGGUGUUGGAAAAACUCGCAUUGAUUUCAAAGUAUAUUUUGCAAGGAUGUUGUGUGCAAAAAAUCAAAUCAGAGUUUGAAGGUUAUUUUCUAAUUGAUACAGGAAAACGUACCAGAAAUCGGCACAAAAAGAAAGACCCAUUUUUGUGUUCAUUUGUUAGUAUAGCUGAUGACAUGGACAGACAUGGCCACUUACUCCAUUAUACAGAGGACAGUUUUGAAAAAAACCAUAAGACAAUAAGAAGCAGUAUCGCACACCAAAAUGGCCAUGCCAGGUCAAGGGAUACAGCCAGUCAGUUUGCCAACAAUGAGUUGAUGUGA